AUGGCUACCGUACACCCCGAAGACAACGGCUACGAUGUGAACGCCCACAGCUUUGGGUUGUUUAACAGAGCAUUAAGUCUUAUAAUCCGACUGUUACCUGGGCGCAGCGUUCCUCUGCUGACGAGCCCGAGCGCAACUUACCUCUACGUGAGCCUCAAGACUCCCGAUGUUCCUAAGGACAAGGCCGAGCUUAAGCUCUCUUCCAACAAUGUCUCCUUCACCGGUCCCUCCGGCAAGGGUGUCACCUACUCCGUGUCCUUGGACUUAUUUGGCGAGAUCGACCCCGAGAACAGCAAGGUGAACCACACCGACCGUGAGGUCGAGCUCGUUCUGCGCAAGAAGGAGCUCAAGGAGGAGUACUGGCCCCGUUUGCUUAAGGACACCAAGAAGGCCCACUUCCUGAAGACCGACUUCGACAAGUGGGUCGAUGAGGACGAGCAAGAUGAGGCUGGUGAGGAUGACUACGCCAACAACUUUGGCGGCUUUGGCGGCGAAGGUGGUGAGGGUGGCCUCAGCAACAUCGACUUCUCGAAGCUCGGCGGCAUGGGCGGUGCCGGUGGUAUGCCCGAUCUGAGCGCCCUGGCCGGUGCUGCUGGCGGUGCUCCAGGUGCUGAGGGUGAGGAAGAAGAUGAUGAGGAACUCCCGGAGCUUGAGGAAGAGAACUCCGCUAAGAUUCAGGAGGUCAAAUAA